UACCGUACCGAGUAUGCCAAAGAAAAGCCCUCCUUUCUCCGGACAGAGACCCAAAUCACCAAGGUGACUGUGGAAAGAGCGCGUUUUUUCUACUCUGAUGGUCCCAAGUGACCGAAGCCGGACUGGUUCGACUUUACAUGCCUGAGAAGAUACAAGUCGUUCACCUUCUCUGCAAGACACACAAACAUAGACCUGCUUUGAGACUAAAAUUAGGGAGAAGAUGUGGAUAUUUCACAGAGCCGACAAUUCACAGUUUUUUUUUUCUAUUUGGAAUCAGUGUUUGUAUUACGCAGCAGUGGCGUGUUUGUUGUUUCCGACUGUCAGGACGGAUGACGUUUGCCCAGAGUCCUGUAUCUGUGCCAGAGACGCCGGGACAGUAACCUGCCGUGACUGGGAGGACACCGAGGUACCGGUAGACAUACCGGAGUGGACGUCCACCUUGAUACUCAAGGGGAGAAACAUUUCAACUUUACAGCGUGGUGCGUUCAUGAGCAACGGGACGGAGACGGAGUUGACGACACUCUCGCUGUCCUAUAACGGGAUACGGGUUAUUGAACCUUACGCCUUCCUGGGACUCCCUCGAUUGCAUUUGCUGGAUCUGAGCCACAAUUCACUGGAGUUUAUCUCAGCCAGGGCUUUCCACGGGUUACUGGAGCUGCGCUCUCUUUACCUAAAUCACUCGAUUUUACCUCCGGCCACCGAGCAGCUCUCAAAUGCACUCAGCACACAAAGUUUGGCCAACCUCCACAGACUGGAGUUGGCGGGAAACAUGCUCAAGUAUAUUCCCCAGAUUCGAUUAGAUAUGCAUAAUCUGCACGUGUUAGUGCUCAUAAACAACUCAAUAGAGAGCAUAGGAGGGGAAAAUGUAACCAUGUUGUACCAGCAAAGGCGCAUUCGCGUCUACUUGUCUUUAAACCCCUUUCGGUGCAACUGUGAGCUGGAGGCGUUUUACUACUGGUUGAAGAACUCAUCUCAGUGCCCGGAUGCAGGGCGUCUCAUGUGCAGCGAGCCGGUCCAGAGGGGGAUCCCUGUGGAGAAGCUCAGGGCAGAGGACGUGGAUUGUAUGAACGAGAACCUUGAAGCGGUUUCAUACGUGUUCCUCGGUUUGGUGUUGGCUCUGAUCGGGGUGGUGUUUCUCAUGGUGCUGUAUCUAAACCGGGGAGGCAUCAAAAGGUGGCUCAACAACAUCAGAGAAGCGUGCAGAGACCAGAUGGAGGUCUACCACUACCGAUACGAGCAGGACUCAGACCCGAGACUGGCCAAUGUGGCUGUUUAACCAUCAGAAAUAUCAGAUAUCAAAACGACUGGGGAGAUUCCCUGGCAGUGCCCUGUCACAGUCAAAAUCAAUAGUUUUUACAAUCACUUUCAUAAUUCUCAGCAGCUGGCCAACGAACUGCAUGCAGCUGGCCAACGAACUGCAUGCAGCUGGCCAACGAACUGCAUGCAGCUACCCCUCACAGUGGGAUAUGCACAGAGCCAAACACAGAUAAAUGACUGUAAGAGACUAUUAAGUGUUUAUCUUUCAGAACUGAAGCACUGUUGUACAUAUUAUUGUACAUAUUGAGAGGAAUGCUUUUUUGCAUUGUGUUAAAUGUACAGUCUAAAGCAGCUUGACUGACUAAUUUAAUAUUAUUUAUCUCAUUAACCAAGUGGCAAAUAUACAGUAGUGUACAUAUAUAUAUAAUUUCUGAUAUUAAAGCUGGAACAGAGCGGUGAAUCAAUGUAAUUACUGAAAACUGUAGCCCUUGCAAAUUGUUGCAAAGUAAUGGCCUACAUUCAGGACACCCCAGAGAGAACAAGGUUGUUUCUAAUCUACUGAGAGAGUGCAUAUUGCAAAGUGCUGAGGGAGACUGGGGCAGGUAAAAUGAGGAAAGGAAGCUGGUAAGUGCCAUGUUCCUGCAAGCAGGCGAUGCAAGAGUUAACUGUCAUAUUUCA